UCUUUCAAGCGGAAAACGUCCUUUUUUGAUUCUUUGGGACGGUGAAGGGUGCCGGGGUGGGUUAGCCUCUGCGUGAGGAUGGGGGACACACAGUCAGCACAGAGGGAGAGCGCCCAGGAUGAUGAUGCUGCUGCAGUGGAUGAUGUGCAACAACACAAUGAGAAGCUUCUCAAAAACGAUGCGCAGCUCAGCGGAAAUCCAGGCGGGCCUUUAAUGGAAGCGGACAGCCUUUAUGCGGAUAGCAUCACUCCACAAGCGUCAGCCAUUCUUUCUCAAGUGGAGGAGGUUUCACAAAAGCCUCCUAAAGAGGUGGAGAUGCUGUUAGGAAAUAUAACAGUGCCUGAAUCAAGCACAAAGGCUGACCAAAAAGACAGUGAAAUGGAAGAAAAGCAUGACGGCAUCGGUGAGACCUUUAAGAACUUCUUCAGUAAAUUUGGUUUGAUGUUCACAAAGAAGCAAAGCUCGAGUGACCGAGCCGAGUUAAGAGAUGUCCCUGAGGCCGACACUGAGAAACCUGAGGUCGAGGACGCUUCUGACAGCGGCAGAACCGAGCAAACUCCAACACAGGAAAGUGAUUCACCGUGUCCGACACCGAGACCAACAGGGGAAGUACUAGAAGACAUGGAGACCAAAGAAGCAGACAAACCUGACGUUGAACAUGAAUGGACACACUUAGAGACCACGUCUGAACACCCUCCGGCAUCUACCACCAAAGAGAACAUGCCCAUGUCUCCAAUUAAAAGGUAUUUCACUACAGGAUUCUUUUCCGGAAUGCGGAAAAAGAGUUUGUCAGAGGAAGACGAGAUCACUAUCAGAGAGCUGGUUCAACAGGAAGCAGAAGAAACUGCACCAGACCGACAAGAUGACACUGAAGCACAUGAGAGCCCAUGCACUGAUGCUGCAAAAGACAACCAGGAAGAAAUUCCAUCAACCAUUUUGGUCGGUGAACCUGAAAUGUCUCAAGAGACAGAGAAUGUUCUAGCCAGUCCUCUGAAGAAACUCCUGUUUGGCUCUAGUUUGAUGAAACUCUCCGGAAAACAAAAAGAUGAAAAACCAAAUGAUGAUGGAGACUGUAAAGCACGACCACACGGUGAGUUGGACCAGCUUUCGUCAUUAAUGGAUUUGCCCAUGAAUCCUAAAAAUGAAAGUCCUGCAGAGGUGACAGAGGAGGAGGAAGAGAGUGCAUGGGCCACAUUUAAGAAACUGUUAUCUCCAAAGAAUCGUUUGAACCGAUCUCUCUUGAACAACAAAGACACAAAAACCUUGAUCCUAAAGGAGGAGGAGAUACUACACAGUGUGGAAGAGAGCAAAAAGCGCAAAGAUUCCGUUGUUUCCUGGGAUGCUAUUCUUUGUGGCUCUAGGAGGAGAAGUCACAGACUGUCAGACUCCGAUGAAGAAACACCUACAAGUGAUCACAUUGAUAAAUUAAGAAAUGGUGUGGAAGUAACAGAAAUCAGUAACAACACUAGUGAGAUUCCAGCCCCUGCCCCCAAACGAGCCGGAAGCCCCACGGAGUGUGAUGAUGAGUCUCCAUGGAAUGCCUUUAAAAGACUCCUAAGCCCAAAAAGGAAACCCAAGUGUGAGGAGGGAAAUGUCAGUGACGGCACUCAAGAAAACUUAUUUUUUUCAGCAAAGAUGUUCCCAGGCCACAAAAAGAGAAAGUCUGUCACAAAGGAAGUCCAGGGAGCAUCUCCCCUUGAAGCCAAUCAGGACCUAAUUCUUGGUGAUGUAGAAUCGGAGGCUCUUGCUGUUGUUCUGUUUUCUGAAUUUGACACAGUUGAGACGGAUGUUAAAGCAAAAGAGACAGAUGUUGAGAGUCAAAUACCCAGUGAACCCAACCAAAACAUGCACACAGAACCAGGUCAACCUUUGGAUAACCUGCAGACUGUAGAUGCCAAAGUCCAACACAUUUCAGAAAAUGUGGCACGAACAAAUGAAGUCCCUGCCGACCUUACAAUGUUUAUCAGCAAAGAACUCUGUGAUAUUCCAGAGGAAAGCGAGAUGACAGAGACCACGGCCACUGCUGCGACAGCCACCCAUGACCUUCCCAGAGAAAACACCACAGCAGAAGAGCUGACAUCUGAGGCCAUUACCGCACCGCAGCCUACAGAUGCUACUACCCUUGCCGAUGAAAGUGAGAUGAUGUCCACACUCUCCCAGGUGUUGGAGUCUUCAAAUACAUCAGGCAACAAGACACCGGUCCCUGCUGCAUGCCAAGUCAAGGAAACAGAAGGACUUCUGAAGCACGUGGUUGAAACCAUCUCCGCAACACCAGCGGUAGUUCCAUUGAUUAGUUCUGCCUCUGAUCAAAUACUUGAAACGUUUGUCCAAGAGGAGACCAAAACCUUGGAAGUUGACGAUUGUGAUGCUGUAAUUGCCAAUGAAAUGGAUGAAACAGCAGCAAUGACGCGCAUAUCUGAAGUCAUAGAAGCCUGCUCCACAGAAACUACAACUCAGAUUCCAAAAGAGGAGCUGGACACCACAAAAAUGAUAGUAGAUGAAAUGAAAGAGGCAAUCAUUCUAAACCAAGUGGACGGUUAUAAUGAGGUCCAUGAUUAUGAAGCCUGCCUGAGUGAUGCCAACACAUCUUCAGAUCUGUUGUCUGAAAGUCAAGAAAUGACCACAGAUAAUGUUGUCAUCGUUGGAAAUAAAACAGAAGUCUCCAUAGCGGUGACUCCAGAAGCUGAAAGCAAAUAUGAAGCAGUUGACCAGGAUGCGCAAUCUUUGCUGGAGAGUACUGAUCAAUUGCAAGAUGAGGAUCAUCCUCCUUUGUUGGACGAGGAGCUGCAAAGAUUGGCAGAUCUCGAAGGAGACACAAAAGAUUUGCCUGAAAUGAGUGUCCAGUCAGGUGAAAAACCAGAACAGAAAACAUCUCCUAGUUGCAAACUAAAUGAACCAGAUGCAGAACAAGACACUCUACUAGAUGUUACUCAGCUACUUGAAGUCAAAGCAACAUCAGAAGACCUUCAGGAAGCAACAGAGGAACCAAAGCCACCAACAGAACUUUUACCUGUCAUGGAUUCUGCUUCUGAUAGUGGAAGCUCAGAGACGUGUGGUGUUCAACUAGUUGACGAUGAACUAAUUCCAGUUGCAAGUGACCUCAAAGAGACAACAAAGCCUAUGCCUGAAGUCUGUGCUGCGUUAGAAAACAAUGAAGAUGCAGAGAAAGAGGAAAUAUCAGAUGACAUCACUGAAGAGGGAACUCUUUCAGUUGAGAAGACUGUACAAGUGACAAAAAUGAAUGCUGAAUCUGACAACCAAGACCAGGAAGAAGUGAAUGCAUCCAAAAAUGAAAACUGUCAACUGACAGCGCCACCAGAAGAUGUGGAAGCAACAGAGGUGGAAUCAGAUGAUGAAAACGUCCUGGCAAUUAAAUCACAAGAUGAAUCAAAAACAACUCUUUCAGAAGAAACAGACAGAGAAGACCUCAAUUUGGACACCGUGCCGUUAACUGAAGACAACAUUGGGCUAGAAGACAAAGACAUCAAAGCACCUGAAAUUGAACUUAUUCAGGAACAAAAUGUAUUUGAAGAAGAACAGGAAACACAAUUUGAAUCACGUGAAGUUGAUGAAAUGAAUGCAAAACCAGAGGGCCAAGAUGAGAAAGCAGUGAAUGCAUCCAAAAAUGAAAUUAAUCAAAGGAUUGAGCUGCCAGAAGAUGUGGAAGCAACAGUGUCAGAACCAGAUAAUGCAAAUGUCCAAGCAAUUAAAUCAGAGCAAGCAUCAAAAACAAUAUUUUUUGAAGAAACCGCAGGUGAAAACCUCAACGAGGACACCGUGCCACUAGCUGAAGUCAACGCUGAGGUAGAAGACAAAGACACGACAGCAACAGAUGCACCUGAAUUUGAACUUAUCUGUGAAAAACGGAUAUUAGAAGCAGCACAGGAAGCACAAUUUAAAUCAGGUGAAGUUGAUGUCCAAGCCAUUGACCACAAAGUAGUAUCAGAAGACAUUCUUGCAGAAGAACAUCUGACUGAAGAACCCAAAGAGGAGACUGUAUCCAUGUCUGAAACUAAAGCUGAGCCAGAAGACCAUCAGGCAGCGAAUGAAUCCCAAACUGAACUUGUGAAAGAGGUAGAAGUAGCAGAAGUUGAGGUGAAUAACGAUGAUGUCCAAUCAGUUAACGCUGAACAAAUAUCAGAAGGUAUGUUUGCAGAAGAAACUGUGAAAGUCCAAAAUAGAACUUUGCAUAUGACUGAGUUCAGUGUGGAGCUUAUAAAGGAGCACAAAAAUACGGUGGAUGCAGCUACAACUGAACUUAUUCAAGGAGAGGAAAUAAUUGAAGCCGUAGAAGACACAGAUGAAGCUGAUGCACAUUUUAUUGAAGACAAAGAUGUAGCAGACGGCACUCAUCAAGAGAAGGCAAUGGCAAAAGAACUACAAGAGGAGAAUGGGCCUCUGGGGGAAGGGCACGCAUCUAAAAAGGAAAUUGUGAAAGACACAGAUGCUGAAGCACUAUCAACACAGAGAGAAUCAGAUAAAAUCAAUGACCAAUUACUUAAAUUUGAAGAAGCCAUCUUUGCUGAAGAAACAAAGAUGAAGGAACCCAAAGAGGAGGAGGUGCCUCCAACUGUCAAUGUUGAACCUGAAAGUAAAGACCAGAAAAUAGUGUUUGUAGUCCAAAGUGAACUUACACGAGAACAACUUGUUGCUGAAGAGGAUGAAGAAAUAUCAGAUGGCGUUACUGAAGAGGGAACAGAUUCAGUCGAGAAAACUGUUUCAGUGACAGAAAUUAAUGUCGAACCAGAGGCUCACGAUCAGGAAGCAGUGAAUGCAUUCAAAAAUGAAAUUAGUCAAGAGAUAGAGCUGCCAAAAGAUGUGGAAGCAACAGAGUUAGAACCAGAUGAUGCAAAUGUCCAAGCAAUUAGAGGAAUCAGAUUUAAAUCAGGUGAAGUUGAUGUCAAAGCCAUUGACGACAAAGCAGUAUCAGAAGACAUUCUUGCAGAAGAACUUCUGACUGAAGAACCCAAGGAGGAGACUGUAUCCACGUCUGAAACUAAUUCUGAGCGAGAAGACCUUCAGGCAGCAGAUGAAUCUCAAACUGAACUUGUGAAAGAGGUAGAAGCAGCAGAAGCUGAAGUGAAUGAAGAUUAUGUCCAAUCAGUUAAAGCUGAACAAAUAUCAGAAGGCAAGUUUGCAGUAGAAACUGUAACAGGUGAAGUCCAAACCCGAACUUUGCAUCUGAAUGAGUUGAGUGUGGAGCUUAUAAAGGAAGACAAAAAUGCGGUGGAUGCAGCCACAACUCAACUUAUUCAAGAACAGGAAGUAAUUGAAGCUGAUGUACCUUUCAUUGAAGACAAAGAAGUAUCAGAUGACACACAUCCAGAGAAGCAGAUGGAAGAAGAACUACAAGAGGAGAAGGAGCUACUGGAGGAAGGGGAUGCAUCCAAAAAUGAAAUUGUGAAAGACAGAGAUGUGGAUGUAGUCAAAACUGAACUUACACGAGAACAACUUGUUGCUGAAGAGGAUGAAGAAAUAUCAGAUGGCGUGACUGAAGAAGGAACAGAUUCAGUCGAGAAAACUGUUUCAGUGACAGAAAUUAAUGUCGAACCAGAGGCUCACGAUCAGGAAGCAGUGAAUGCAUUCAAAAAUGAAAUUAGUCAAGAGAUAGAGCUGCCAAAAGAUGUGGAAGCAACAGAGUUGGAACCAGAUGAUGCAAAUGUCCAAGCAAUUAGAGGAAUCAGAUUUAAAUUUAAAUCAGGUGAAGUUGAUGUCAAAGCCAUUGACGACAAAGCAGUAUCAGAAGACAUUCUUGCAGAAGAACUUCUGACUGAAGAACCCAAGGAGGAGACUGUAUCCACGUCUGAAACUAAUUCUGAGCGAGAAGACCUUCAGGCAGCAGAUGAAUCUCAAACUGAACUUGUGAAAGAGGUAGAAGCAGCAGAAGCUGAAGUGAAUGAAGAUUAUGUCCAAUCAGUUAAAGCUAAACAAAUAUCAGAAGGCAAGUUUGCAGAAGAAACUGUAACAGGUGAAGUCCAAGCCCGAACUUUGCAUCUGAAUGAGUUGAGUGUGGAGCUUAUAAAGGAAGACAAAAAUGCGGUGGAUGCAGCCACAACUCAACUUAUUCAAGAACAGGAAGUAAUUGAAGCUGAUGUGCCUUUCACUGAAGACAAAGAAGUAUCAGAUGACACACAUCCAGAGAGGCAGAUGGAGGAAGAACUACAAGAGGAGAAGGAGCUACUGGAGGAAGGGGAUGCAUCCAAAAAUGAAAUUGUGAAAGACAGAGAUGUGGAUGUAGUCAAAACUGAACUUACACAAGAACAACUUGUUGUGGAAGAGGAAGAAGAAAUAUCAGAUGACAUUACUGAGGGAACUGGUUCAGUCGAGAAGACUGUAUCAGUGACAGAAAUGAAUGUUGAACCAGAGGCCCAAGAUCAGGAAGCAGUGAAUGCAUCAAAAAAUGAAAUUAGUCAAGAGAUACAGCUGCCAGAAGAUAUGGAAGCAACAGAGAUAGAACCAGAUGACACAAAUGUCCAAGCAAUUCAAUCGCAAGAAUUAAAAGCAAUAUUUUUUGAAAUAACCACAAGCGAAAACCACAACGAGGACACAGUGCCGCUAGCUGAAGACAACGUUGCGGUACAAGGCAAAGAUACUAAAGCAACAGAUGCACCUGAAUUUGAACGUAUCCGGGAAAAAUGGGUAUUAGACGCAGAAGACGAAAUACAAUUUGAAUCAGUUGAAGUUGAUGUCCAAGCCAUUGACCACAAGGUAGUAUCAGAAGACAUUCUUGCAGAAGAACAUCUGACAGAAGAACCCAAACAAGAGACUGUAUCAAUGUCUGAAACUAAAACUGAGCCAGAAGAAAACUAUCAGGCAGCGAAUGAAUCCCAGACUGAACUUGUGAAAGAGGUAGAAGUGGCAGAAGCAGAAGUGAAUGAAGAUGAUGUCCAAUCAGUUAACGCAGAACAAAUAUCAGAAGGUAGGGUAGUAGAAGAAACUGUGAAAAGUGAAGUCCAACACAGAACUUUGCAUCUGACUGAGUUCAGUGUGGAGCUAAUAAAGGAAAACAAGAAUGUGUUGGCUGCAGCCACAAUUCAACUUAUUCAAGAGCAGGAAGUAUGUGAAGCUGUAGAAGACACAGAUGAAGCUAAUGUACCUUUCAUUGAAGACAAACAAGUAUCAGAGGACACUCAUCCAGAGAAGAGGAUGGCAGAAGAACUAAAAGAGGAGAAGGGUCCUCUAGAAGAAGAGCAUGCAUCCAAAAUGGACAACGUGAAAGAUAUAGCAUCUGAAGUACUAUCAACACAGACAGACUCUGAUGAAAUCGAUUUCACAUUACUUAAAUCUGAAGAAGCCAAUUUUGCAGAACAAACAAUGAUGAAAGAACCCAAAGAGGAGGAGGAGGCGACUGUCAACGUUGAACCAGAUAGUGAAGAACAGAAAGAAGAGGUUGUAGCCAAAACUGAAGUUACGCAUGGGCAAGCUGUCGCAGAAGUGGAAGAAGAACCAUCAGAAAGCAUUACUAAAGAGAAAAUUCUUUCAGUUGAGGGGACUGUGCCAGGGACAGAAAAUAAUGUUGAACCAGAGGACCAAGACCAGGAAGCAGUGGAUAGAUUUCAAACUGACUUUACUCCAGAAGCAGUACAAGUUGAAGUCUUACAAUCAGAGGAAGUCGAAGUGCUUAAAUCAGAAGAAAUAACAGAUGAUGUUCUUGCCGAGGAACCUACUAUAGCUGAACUCAAAAAGGAACUUGAGCCUCGACCCGAAAACAGUUCAGAGCCAGAGACCAGAACUGCUCCGGAAUCAAAGGACAAUUACGUCCAAUCAGUGCAAAGAGAUGAUAUGGCAGAAGGUAUUCUGGCAGGGAAGACAACAACAAUGAACUUCAAUGCUGAAACAGAAGAACCGCAAGUUAAAGAUGCAAAAAGCAAUCCCAUUCAAGAGCAAGAUGUAUCACAUGACGAAGAAGACACUGCAGUUGAGACAGAAAGAGUGGAACAGGAGGAGAAGGCUUUGUCUGGACAAGAAUUUAUAGCAACCACUGAGGAAAAACCUGAAAAGGAAACUUUGGUAGAAGAAAUUCAAAGAACAGAGACAGAGAAUGAAAAGGCUUCCAAGAGAGAGCAACUCAAACCCCAACUGAAUCGGACUUUUGGUGAAGUGGAGGCUCAAAAACCAGAAACUAACACUGAGAACUUCCCACAAGAUGUCCUGGAGGAGAAGGAAGAAUUCCACACACCAGAUAUCACAGAGGAGUUAGACACAUUUGCAGCUGAACGUGUAUGUUUAAACAAUAGAGAAACAAGUUCUGCUCAGAUAUCUGAACAGGUUAUUUACAAAGAUAUUCCAGCAUUUUGUGGAGAUCUUGAGGUGCACCUAAAUGAUAUGGGAACUAGAAUUGAGGAAGAAAAACGUGAUUUUAUACAGGCAGAGGGGAGGACUGCUGCAGAUGUGCACGCUUUGGUUAUGCAAGUAACAAGAUGUCACCUUAAAGAGGUCUCUGCUUCAAUCACUGCUUUAGUUGAAAAACCAUCAGUUGAACAAGAACCCCUCACAAGCUCAUCGGUAAACGAGUCAGAUGAAACAGCUGUGCCUGAAACCCAGCUAAUGAAAAACAACAUGCCAGAGACAGCACAGGUGGAGAAUGAGGUGAUGAUGAUGCAUGUGCCAGUGACACUGAUCAAGGACAAUCACAGAAUUCAGGUACAAGUUGUCAAUGUUGACGUCACAUCAGCCGAGAGGAUACACAAUUCAACGCUGGAGGUCGGGGUAAAAGAAGACAAAGAAGUCAUCAAUGUGUGUCACAGAAGUGUUGAGAAUGUUGAAAAUGUUUCAGCAUUUUUGGAAGUUGAGAAAGUAUCUAAUGAGGAAAAUGUGGUGAUCCUUCAAGAGGUUGUUGAACAUGUGAAGAGGACACAACCUGAGACAUUACAAGAAUCUGUAAUUGACAAGUUGGGGGAAGAGGUUUUCAAAGAAGUACCAGACUGGGAGCAUGCUGGCCAAAGUGAGAAUUUGGCAGAAGCGUCUCAAGAGUAUAUCCCACAAAGUUCACAUGUGUCUGUGCAUCAAGAGAAAAAAAACAGGGAUGACCUGGAAAAAACUGAAGUGACAGAGGGCGCAACGUUCCCAUCGGCAGAGCUGCCUGCAAAUGAGGAUGAUAUGGACACCACGGCAGCAGAAACAUUCCAAAGCCAAACGCUAUCACUCAGUGAUCCUGCAGUACCCACAUAUCUUUCUUUGCCUGAGCAGGAAAACGCACUAACUUCCAUACCAACUACAGUAGGGACAAAGGAAGAACAACGACUAGUUGUGUCUGAGGAUGAGGAAACAGAUGAAACAACAACGCAAACUGAGGAACAUAUGUCUCAAAUAUACUCAGCUGAUAGCCAAAACGACACAGAGCCUACAAAAGAAGUUUCUCAAAGACCGGUAGUGGAAGAGCACAUGGAUCUAGUGGAUAGUCAUGAAGAGUUCGAAAUGACUGAAGAACGUGCACCAGUAGAAGAAGAACCCUUAUCCCAGAUAGAUACGGUUGAUAGCCAAAUUGAGACAAAUUUAACUCACAAAGUGGUUCAAGUCCCAGUAGAAGAGGAACCUUUAUCCCAAACAGACCAAGUUGAUAACCAACAAACGAAAGACAAAACUGCGGACAUUGCUCAACACCCAGUAGAGAAAAAACCCUUAACCCAGAUAGAUCAAUUUGAUAGUCAAAAACAAAACAAAAAAACAGAGGAUGUUCUUCUGGCCACAGUAGUAGAAGAGCCCUCAUCCCAAAUAGACACAGUUAAAAUUGAAAAAGAUAGAGAAGUAACUGAUCAAAGUGUUCAGGGAUCAGUAGUGGAAGAAACCCUAUCCCAACUAGAUCCAGUUGAUAACCAAAAAGAAGUAACCAUGGAAGUUGUUCAGGUCCCAGCAACAGAAGUGCCCCAAGUAGAUACAGGAGUUAGUCCUGAACAAAAACAGGCGCCAGGAACUGGAGAGCAAACAAAUGAGUGCCACAAACAGACAGAACUACCCAAGGAAGACGCUCUGGGAACAAACAUAGAGGAACAUUUAGCCCAAAUAUACCCCAAAAAGACAGAGCUAACUGAGGAAGCUGUUCAGGCCCAAGAACUGGAUAAGUCCUUGUCACCAAGCUACAAACAGACUGCACUAACUGAACAUGUUCACGUACCAGAAACAGGAGAGGCCGUAUCACGAAUAGAUUAUGGGAAUAAUUAUGAACAGGCAGAGAAACCCGAGGUAGCGGUCCAGGCCCCAGAAACUAAAGAGUCUUCAUCUGCAAAAGAUUCAGUAGACAGCCAGGAACAGACAGUGCUACUUGAUGAACAUGUGCAGGUAGCAGAAGCAGAAGACUCCAUGUUGCAAACAGAUACAGCCAACAUUCAUGAAAAGGCAGUACAACAAAUUGAAGCGCCUGUUCAAGCAAAACAAACUGAAAAGCCAUUAUCCCAAAAUGACACAGUUCAGAACCAGAAACAGACAGAGCUAACCAAAGAACAUGUUCAGGAACCAGAAGCAGAAAAGAUUCUAUGUACUACAGAUCCAUUUGAGAGCCAAAAAACAAAAGUGCUAACAGAGGGACAUGUUAAGGCACCACAAACAGAUGAGUCCAUAUCCGAAGAAAGUCCAUUUGCGAGCCAGAAACAAACAGAACUACCUAAAGAACAUGUCGAAGAACUGGAAGAGUCCUUAUGCCGAACAGAACCAGUCAUGAGCGAGAAACUGGCAGAGGUAAAGGAGGAACAUGUUCAGGAACCAAAAAUUGAGGAAUGCUUAUCCAAAACAGACACAGUUGACAGCAAAAAACCUACAGUGCUACCGCAGGGACUUGUACAGGAUCCAGAAGUAGAAGAAUCCACAUCCCAAACACAUCCAAUGGAGAGCCACAUACAGGCAGACCUAGCUGAAGAACACGUUCAGAAACAAGAAGGAGAUGAGCCGUUAUCCCUAACAGAUGCAGUUGGGAGGGGGAAAGACACAGAAAUACUUAAAGAACAUGUUCUAGAACCAGAAGAGGCCAUAUUCAAAACAGGUCUAGUUGACAGCUACAAAAAGACAGAACAGCAGAAGGAAGUUGGUCAGAAACCACAAGCCCAAACAGAUCAAGUUAAGGAGAAUCAGGCCGAGCUAUUUGAGGAACCUGUUCCGCUUGUAUUGCAAGAAAAGACAUCAAAGAGCGAGAGACAGACAGGGGGACAUGUUCUGCAACAGGAACCAGAGCCAGUCCAGUGCCAUGGACAGACAAAGCUACCUGAAGUUGGUGUUCACAUGAAAGAAAUCUCAGAGCCUGAUUCAACAGAGACCAAAUAUCCUCCAGUCCAGAUGGUUUCUGCCAUCAAACCAACAGAAACCACACAACCGGCAGAAGAAACAUCCACACACCGCCAAAUAUCAGAGGCCCCUGUCAAAGAAGCAGAGGAGGGAAACGAGCAGGACGUAUGGAUGGAUGCCGAGGAAGACAUCGGCAUUCUGGAGGACGCUGAAGCUGAGCAGUCGCUCCAAAACAACAUCCCCCAAGAACCAGAAGCAGUGCGCUGCAACGAGUUCCAGAUCCCGUCGAACCCUGAGCCAGAGGCACAAGACAGUGAGGGGGAAGAGAACGCCACAGUCAUGGAGUGGGAUUAAGUGGACGGUUUUUAAGUCCAUGAAGCUGCAAAGGAGGAUCAAAAGGAAGGAAAAGCAGGAAAAAGACAUCUCACUGAUGCUUUUCUUUACGAUCACUAUCAAUACAUUGUCACUGGAAUCACUGCUUAAAACCAUUUGUAUGACUGACAAGUCCUAACAAGCAACAAGUCAGUUUAUAGUCUUAUGUAUUUCUCAUUACAACAUUUGGUCUAUUGAAUCAUAUUUGUUUACAUAGCUGACUGCGGCAUUUGCUACAAUACAAUUUCAGUCACACACUGGUAAACUUGCAAUCUACAUAAUUAGUAAUGUACAUCUGUAACCACAGCUGCCCUGGGGUAGCCUGACAGGAACAUGGCUGCCAAAUCAUCAGUCUCUCCUAUCACCACCAAAUAUUCAUUCACAUUCAUACACCAGUAUGGGCAACACCGGAGGCAAGGUGGGCGAAGUGUCUUGUCCACGGACACAACAACAGUGCAGGGUUCCAGAAUAACUUUUUUUUUUUUUUUUUUUAUACCAGCAGCACAGUGGCCCCAUUUUAGGAGCGCAAGCAGAAAAUAUAGGGGUGCACACUGAAAUCAACUUGCAAAGUAAAUGUUCACAUUUCUUCUUACUUUGACUGUAUUAUUGAGAAACACACACUUAACAGUUUAAUCUUUAUAAUCAUAUGGUGAGUUCAAACAUACAAUAGUUGUAUUCAAAACAGGGGCCCCGGGACAAUAUAAAGUAUAAAUUCAGGGUUCAAGCAAAUCGUCUUUGGUGAGCUACUCAACAUCAGCUGGCUAGCUCACGGGCUACCUGUUGGAGACCCCUGUGAUAGCAUCACUGUCUUAAAGCUGGACACACUACGUGUUUAUAUUAAACAACUUAGACACACAACUAGUGUUUGGAAGACACAAUAUUAUUAUGACAGCAAAAGAGUAGGGUUGUUAAGUGACAGCACGUACCCCAUUAACGUAAUAGCCACUUGCAGCUUCCCUGUGGGGCAAAAAUGUGCUCCAAAUGAACGGCAUUGCUUGUUUGUUUUAAAGACAGAAUGUCCCCAUGGUAAAAAAAAAAAAAAAAAAAUGACGUUUGGAGUCCGAAGACCAGAUGCUAGGCAGAAAAGUAGCUAGCUGGCUCCAAACAAAAUGUGUAAACAAAGAUGGCAGAAAAGUGGAACGCCAAUGAGAUGGAAAGGUGAGCUAUCACACACGCUGGCACAGAUGGGCCUGGCCUGUGCUACUAAGCUGUCAAUACGGGACGCAUACCUUUACUUGGUCGCACUUGCGUGAGUAGGUGAAAAACGCACUUGCAAUGUCUCAAAUUUUAGUCGCAAAAUGCAACUAUUUAGCUGCAGUCGUGAGCUCUGCAGCGACCGGGACGGCGGAAGCGGGCAUCGAAUCAACAACGUUCUGGUGUGGACGACCUGCUCUCCCUCCUGAGCCACUGCUGUCCAGAAUGAAGCACUUCACAUUUUUAUGUUAAAAUGUAUGGGGGGUAAAGAAACAAACUUUUCAUAGAUCUCACAAUAUGCAGCACACGUUCACAAUACAACCUUUUUUUUCCCCACCAUUUCUUUUUAUUCAUAUGGGAUCCAUAUGCAAUAAGCCUGCUGCUGUACAUGACCUUGCACAUUGUAAACAUGCAGCAACAAUAUAGAAUAUGAACACAUUUACUUACUAUUUUUGAUAUUACACACAGAACGAUGAAAGCUCACAUUCUGGAGGCAUUCUGCAUAAUUGCAUCAGCUGCAUUUCAUUCACAUAUUUUUCCAAAAUGCUGAUGCCAAAUGUUGUGGCCUUUACUGAAGAAUAAACGAGAGAGAAAAAAAGUCCAGCCAUCAGUGUUUGUUUAUUUGACACGCCAGACUUAUUAUUCCCCAUGGUCGCAGUAGUUGCCCUGUAUGUUUAUUUAACCAUUACACAUGCUGUCAUUUUCGUGUUG